UUGCACUCGACUUUGAAAACUGGUCUCAAUACUCGAGUAGCUAGAGGUCUGCUAUGGCCAGGAGACUGUGAUUGCAUCUCGAGAGGCUUUCUCUCGCACAUCUCGGGUGAACGGGAUGAGACAGGCUACCCCCCACGCGCGUGGCUAGCGCAGAGGCCCCCCAUCAGUUCGUGACCAUUAUCAGCAUUGGACUGCAACAUCUUCCCAUGUCCAGAUCUACAUGCAGUCCUUACCAUGGACUAAGCAGCGCGCAUGAGGAGGCUGGCCUCUCCUCCGACUCGGAACGACUGUAUGACCAUGACGGAGGGAUCGAAAUGGUGAAGAUUUCAUCUGGUCCAGAUAUGAAGGAAGCCGGGUCCGACAUGCAUGACCUCGAAAGCCCUCGGAAAGCGUGGUCUCCGUUUUUGCUGGGUGCGUUGCCCAUGGGCCCUGCUCUUAGUUGCUCUCAUCGCGGCGCUGGACGUGUUGUAUCGACACUCGCCUUUCAAAGCCCAAUCGAGUGCGAAGCUCGUCGUGUGGACGUACCUGCCCGUCGCGGUGCUCAUGGUCAUCGAGUUUAUGUGGAUCGCGUACGACCUGCAGGUCAAGAUCCUCGUACCCUGGGCCGAGCUCAGUCGCGGUUUUACACCCGCACACCGGGGCUGGAGCCUCGACUACCUCGGCGCGAACAUGCUUGCCAACCUCUGGCACGCGGCGAAGUACCGGCACGCGACGGUCCUGCUCACGACGCUCGGGCUGUGGAGCACCGCCGUAGCGGGAGUUGUCACGGCCUCGCUCUUCCGGGUUCAGACCAUCGCGUACACGGCCCCGAGCACCCUGAACCGCACCACGGCGCUGAUGCCACCCACGGUGUUCGAUCCAGGCGCGCUUGCUGACAAGGGCUACACGACAAGUUACCUGGGGCGGCAGGUGCUGGGGCUCCCGCGGCCGCGCUGGUCGAUUGCAGGCGAUAUCGCCCUUGAGGCUGUGGCGGGUUCCCCGAGCUCGAGCGGGACGCUUGGGGCCACGACGCGCGGCUAUUCCGCGGAUCUGGUCUGCUCGCCCGCCACGGUGGUGUUUGCGGGCAGCUCAAUAAUCCCGAGUGCGUACAACAACGCACUGGGAUCGCCGACGACUGUGUACUCGGCCGCUAUCGCAGGCGCACAGUGCGAGGCCGUGUACGAUCUGAAUCACGUGAACACCGGCCUCCUCAUGACCGACUCGUAUUUGGUUGGGCGCGUCUUCAACCACACCUGCCCUGGCUCCUCAAGGCCUCAAACUCCACAACCGUCCUCGCGAUCGUGACGCUGAGCAAUGCGUCUUUCGUCGGUGGCGUGGUUGUGGAAUGCACACCGACGUAUGCCCAGCAUCAAGUCGCCGUCUCCGUUCCGCCGUCUUCUUCUGUGCCGAUCUCAGCAUCCGUCAUCGGGUCGGCCGUUGUUCUGGAUGCACCGGAAUGGAGGGACAUGCUGCAGUGGAUCAACGCCAGCACGGCCGAACCACCCGUCGUCCAUUCAUCGCGGCCAUCGAUCAUCAAUCCCUUCCUCGGCUGAGGCAACCCCCUGGUCGACUUGGAGGCCAUCGCCUGCGACUGCGACUCCUGGCUCUUCUUGAUGGGGCAUGGCGCAAAUCCGGGGCCCUCGUCCUGCUGAACCGGACCGCCGUACCCGGUGGGCGCGAUGGUGAAGCUCUUGGUCGACGGCGGGUUUACGGAGCUGAAGGCGCUGGGGAGAAUUGCAGAUGAGCGUGGAAUGGUCGACUUGGUUAGCACGUAUCGGUUUGUUCUGCGGGAUGUGGAGAGGUUGGGUGUGGAUGUCGUGGCGUGAUUACUUGGUAUCAUUGGACUUUGCAGAACUGGUAGCGAGUCUCGUAGAUCCCAGCUGAUGUAUGUCCCUCUCUAUCAUUAUAGGUCGUAGACUUGGGAGUGUCCUGAGUAUAUGCUUUCCAUUUAGACAUUCUUAUCUUCUUGCGACUGAAUUUCGUCAUGCCACUUGGGGACGAUGGUCGAUCGCUUUGCAGGAUCAGAAAUGGAUUUGCUAUUUACAGGAUCCAAA